CUUGAUGGGUCUUGAUGAAAGAGGAGAAUUGAAUCCCGUGAAGAAAUUCAAUUCAAAUUGAGGUGAGCAUUAAAGAGAAUGUCAGUGAAUUUCAAGGGGAAGGCUGUCUCUGCACUCUUCUGAAUUCUCUACCUUACAGCCUCCGUCUUUUUGCACUCAGUUACUUUUCAAGUAUCACUGGAAGCAUAGCAGCAGUCCUUUUAUCCAUCAGUUCACCUUCCUUGUCAUCUUCUUCUUAGACCCAAGAUUCUCAUGCUUACUUCAAUAUCCUUCGGCUUUUUCAUGUUGGGCUCUUCUAUUUCCUGGCUCUGAGUUCAAUAUCUUUCGCUCUACUCAUUGUUUUCAGACACCCAAUAAAGGGUAAAAGAGCUCUCUUUUGCUGUGCACAUCAUGUAGCAGUCUUUUUGCUGGAAAUGAAAAGCAAAAGGCAACAGCAAAGUGUUAAUGUUAGGCAAGAGUGGAAAGUUGUGUCGUCUUGAUAUCAAGCGCUUUUUCUGGCUCAUGGAGUUAGAGAGCAAAUAUAGUAGUAGUCUUGAAAAGGGAUUAGCUUUUAAGCAUUUGUUCAACUGUGGUGGGGAAAGUUUCUUGCUUUGAAUAGGAUGGAGAAGCAGCUUUGAAGCGUUUUGUGGGUAGUGAGCAAAUGGGGGAGAAGAAGAGAGACGUGCCAACAGUUUGGUUUUCUUUGAAGAAAUCCUUGCACUGCAAAUCAGAGCCAUCAGAUGUACAUAGUCCAAAGACCAGGAAGCAAUUGAGCGCAAUCUUGACCAGGAAAACAGGCAGGUCAGGUUGUUCCAGGUCUAUUGCAAAUCUGAAAGACGUGAUUCAUGGAAGCAAGAGGCACCUGGAGAGGCCCCCAAGUUGCAGCCCAAGAUCCAUUGGGAGCAGUGAAUUUCUCAACCCGAUAGCCCAUGAAGUCAUUUUGAGCAACUCAAGAUGUGAGCUCAAAAUCACUGGUUUUGGUGGAUUUCAUGAAGGAUACAAUAGCAGCGGCGGUGAUAGUGGAGGCGGAGGCGGAGGCGGAGGCGGCGGCGGUGGUGGAGGCGGCGGCUCAACUUUUGUCGGCACUUUAAGGCCUGGGACACCUGGUCCCGGAGGCCACCCCACAAUGCAUUACUUCAAUCCUUCUUUCAGGAAUUCCGCAACUCCACCUAGAAAGAAUGCCUCUCUUUUAACAGAAAGGGAAGGGCUCGGAAACGGCGUUCCCACCCAAAAAAGGGCAUCCUUUGAAAAAGAUAGUAAUGGGUCUAGUGGAGUUACAUGCCACAAAUGUGGAGAACAGUUUGUAAAGUGGGAAGCUCUUGAAUCUCAUCACCUCUCCAAGCAUGCUGUAACUGAACUAGUGGAGGGCGACUCAUCUAGGAAAAUCGUUGAGAUCAUCUGUCGAUCAAGUUGGUUGAAGUCUGAAAACCACUGCGUUAGAAUUGACAGGGUUUUGAAAGUUCAUAAUAUGCAGAAGACGCUGGCACGAUUUGAGGAUUACAGGGAGACAGUGAAAAUCAAGGCAAGUAAACUCCCGAAGAAGCAUCCUCGCUGCCUAGCUGAUGGAAACGAACUCUUGAGGUUUUACGGUACGACGCUAGCAUGCUCGCUCGGCAUCAAUGGAUCCUCCAGCCUUUGCGUAUCUGACAAAUGCUGUGUAUGUCGAAUUAUCAGGGACGGGUUCUCCACGAAAAGAGAACUAAAAGAUGGAGUUGGAGUUUUCACAACUUCCACUAGUGGAAGGGCUUUUGAAUCCAUUGCAAUGUGUGAAGACGAUGCUUCGUUAAGGAAAGCAUUGAUCGUUUGCAGAGUUAUCGCAGGGAGGGUGCAUCGACCUCUGGAGAACAUCCAGGAAAUUUCCGGCCAGACGGGGUUCGAUUCCUUAGCCGGUAAAGUUGGUCUCUAUUCCAACAUUGAGGAACUUUACUUGCUCAAUCCUAAAGCACUGCUUCCUUGUUUUGUGGUUAUUUGCAAAACCUGAGGAAUCAAGUGUUGAUAUUCGGACCAUGAAGAUUAGUAAAGGUACAGGAGAUUCCUGAAUUUUGUAUCAGAAAACUGUAGAAUCUUGCACAAUCCGUGGAUAAUCUGUAACCUUGUUGGUUAUACUUCAUGUAAUUUUAGCGCUAUCCUUAUGUUGAUUGUUUCUUGCUGGAAAUUGAGUUCUCUUGCAGUCA